GACCGCUCGGCCGGACCGGGUCGUGGGGUCGGGGGCGCCCCGCCACCGUCGUGGGGAGGAAGCCAGGUCCCCGGGAGGAAGGAAUGGAUUUGGUUUACACGUAAAGAAUGCAGCCAUCUGGCGGCUUGCGGUCCCUGGACUUGCCCCGAAGAUGUAUGCGUUCCCUUGAGCUUUUGCAUAUAUCAUAACCUGCCUUGAAGAAACUGUAUACCGUAUGAGUUGAUAGUGUCCUUUAAUACGUUUCAUCUGAAUAUAUACUGAACUAUUUGGGUUGAAAUUGGCAAAGCCACCUCUUUAGAGGCAUUCUUAAGCACCACUGACAACACGGUUCUGACAGUAUUUCAUGACAGCCACUAAAAAGGAUCAAAUAGGUGUCUGUGCUUUUAUAAAUAAUUAAAGAUGGACGGUGACAGUUCUACAACAGAUGCUUCUCAACUAGGAAUUUCUGCAGACUAUAUUGGAGGAAGCCAUUAUGUUAUACAGCCUCAUGAUGAUACUGAGGACAGCAUGAAUGAUCAUGAAGACACGAAUGGUUCAAAAGAAAGUUUCAGAGAACAAGAUAUAUAUCUCCCAAUUGCAAAUGUGGCAAGGAUAAUGAAAAAUGCCAUACCUCAAACAGGAAAGAUUGCAAAAGAUGCCAAAGAAUGUGUUCAAGAAUGUGUAAGUGAGUUCAUCAGCUUUAUAACAUCUGAAGCAAGUGAAAGAUGCCAUCAAGAGAAACGGAAGACAAUCAAUGGGGAAGAUAUUCUCUUUGCCAUGUCUACGUUGGGCUUUGACAGUUAUGUAGAACCUCUGAAGUUAUACCUUCAGAAAUUCAGAGAGGCCAUGAAAGGAGAGAAAGGAAUCGGUGGAGCAGUCACAGCUACAGAUGGACUAAGUGAAGAGCUUACAGAGGAGGCAUUUACUAACCAGUUACCAGCUGGUUUAAUAACUGCAGAUGGUCAACAACAAAAUGUAAUGGUUUACACAACAUCGUAUCAACAGAUUUCUGGUGUUCAACAGAUUCAGUUUUCAUGAUCUGAAGAAAUAAUGGAAUGGGGAGUGUUGAGAAACGAAAGAGGCUGUACGAUUCCAGAACAGAGACGUUAGGAAGAAGGGACCGGCUAAGAGAUGUCUCUUUGUAUAUUAAAUAGCUGUAAUGUAGCUUCCUGAUGCUUGACUAAUUGAGGUGUUAAUUCUGACCUGAGAGUCUUUUUCAUGAAUGAUUUUAAAGAAAAAAUUGGAUUUUAAAGGUAUUAAAAUAUUUUCGUUUUGUAUGAAAGUUUGUUGCACUGUAUGACUCCUGUAUGCAUUGUAUAUUGCAAUUUAUUACUGUCAAGAGAUUUGUAGACAGUUUCUUAUUUUCAUAUUGAAUCAUGUUACUUUUGUAAUUCAAGUAAGCAGCUGGGUUAAUUCAUGAUGUUUGCCCUUUUAAUAAAAAUAAGGGUAGAGUUCA